CAUGGUCAAUGACACUACAGCUAGCAUUUCAAAGUAUUGGAGUUGUUUUUGGAGACCUUGGAACAUCACCAUUGUAUGUUCUCCCCAGCACCUUUGCAAAUGGCAUAAAAGAUAAUGAAGACCUUUUGGGAGUUCUCUCUUUGAUCUAUUAUACUCUCACUUUCCUUCCUAUGAUUAAGUACAUUGUAAUUGUCUUAAGAGCCAACGACAAUGGAGAAGGAGGAACUUUUGCCUUAUACUCGUUGAUAUGUCGGUAUGCAAAAGUGGGAAUGAUUCCAAACCAACAAGCAGAGGAUGAAAAUGUUUCUAAUUAUCGGUUAGAAUUGCCAAGUAGCAAUCGUACAAAGAUAGCUUCCAAGAUAAAGUCUUCAUUAGAGAACAGUACUUUUGCCAAAUACAUGUUAUUGAUUGCUACCAUGAUUGGUACUUCCAUGGUUAUUGGAGAUGGCGUCCUAACUCCUUGCAUAUCAGUUUUAUCUGCCAUGGAAGGAAUUAUGCAAGCUACUCCUGCAAUGACAAGAGAAAAAGUUGUUUGGCUAUCAAUUUUGAUUUUAAUCCUCCUGUUUUCGAUACAAAGACUUGGAUCAGAUAAAGUAGGAUACAUUUUCGCACCAAUUCUUACUCUGUGGUUCAUUUGUAUCGGAACUAUUGGUGUUUAUAACAUCAUCAAAUAUGAUCCUACCGUGCUCAAAGCAAUAAACCCUUUAUGCAUAGUUAGCUACUUUAAGAGGAACAAAAAACAUGCUUGGGUUUCUCUUGGUGGAAUUAUUCUUUGCGUUACAGGAGCUGAGGCAUUCUUUGCUGAUAUUGGUCAUUUCUCAGUAAGAGCAAUACGGUUAAGUACGUGCACUAUAGUUUACCCUUCUAUCAUAUUAUGUUAUAGUGGACAAGCAUCUUAUCUUCGCAAACACAUGGAUCAUGGUCCAAACGCUUUUUAUGCCUCCGUGCCAGAUCCUCUAUAUUGGCCAAUGUUUGUAAUUGCUGUUAUGGCAGCCAUUAUAGCUUCUCAAGCUUUGAUUUCUGGGGCAUUCUCUAUAAUACAACAGUCUCUUGCGAUGGGGUGUUUUCCUAACGUGAAAGUUGUGCACACAUCAGCAAAAGUCUCGGGACAAGUUUACAUUCCUGAAAUUAAUUACAUUCUCAUGCUGUUUUGUAUUGUCGUCACUUUUUGCUUUAAAACAAGUGCAGCAAUUGGCAAUGCUUAUGGGAUUGCAGUGGUGUUUGUGAUGACACUCACAUCAUUUUUCAUGGUUAUAGUAAUGUUAAUGAUAUGGAAGACAAACGUGUUGUUAGUAAUUGGCUAUAUUCUUGUCUUUGUGACAAUUGAACUUGUUUAUCUAAGCUCACUACUAUUCAAAUUUAAAGAUGGAGGGUAUCUUCCUCUGGCAUUUGCUGUAGUACUAAUGUGCAUAAUGUACACUUGGAAUGAUGUGAAUAGAAGAAAGUACUACUAUGAAUUGGAGAACAAGAUGUCUCCAGAAAUGGUUCAAGACAUUAUUGGCAGCACAAAUGUUUGCAAUGUCCCAGGAUUGGCCAUAUUCUACUCUGAUCUUGUUGAUGGUAUUCCACCUAUUUUCAAGCACUACAUUAAAAAUGUGCAUGCAUUACACUCUGUUCUUGUAUUUGUGUGCAUCAAGUCAUUGCCUAUUAGCAAAGUUCCUGUGGAAGAUCGGUUCCUCUUCAAUCGAAUCGGGUCGAAAGAGCUCAACGUGUAUCGAUGUGUCGUGCGAUAUGGCUACACCGAUCUUCGCAGUGAGCACGAGUCUUUCGAGAUUGUGCUGGUCAGAAGGCUUAGGGAGUUUGUUGCUGAUGAAAUUUUAGUGUCACAAGAGAACCUCCAAAAUGGUGAAAGUGAUGAAGUAACAAGAACUAAUAAUGUUAUUGACCAAGCAGUGGAUGCAGGUAUUGUUCACUUUAUUGGUGAAAGAGAGGUGAUUGCUCGCAAAGAAUCUAAUAUAAGGAAGAAGUUCUUGAUCAAUUAUGGAUACAAUUUCUUGGUAAAAAACUUGAGGCAACAAACAAGCAAAGUAUUUGAUGUUCCCCAUCAGCGUAUGGUCAAAGUGGGAAUGAUUUAUGAACUAUAGAUGAUUGCUAAUAAGCUUUUCAUUCCAUGAACUGGUGUGUCCGUGCU